GCGGGCACACGGUUUCCCCCUCCCGGCAAGCAUUCCCCGCUUCUCCCCCGGCCACCGAUCCGAGCGCCGCGUGCCCCCCCUCCCUCCCCAGGCUCCUCGUAUAAGAGGGCCGCGCCCCUGCGGCCGUUGCCAACACCGAGCACGAGCAGCAUAUCCGACCGACCCACCCUAAGAGCUCUAGAGGCCAGGCCAUUGCAGAUCGCACUCUCCCCUCUCCUCGCUCGUCUUGCGCGCGGGCAACCUUCGUUUCAAUUCGUCGAUGGACGGCGGCGGGGACGCGUUCGCGGCGGCGGCUAACCCGUGGUCGCUGGUCCGCGGAUACUUCUCCCCGGCGACGCUCUUCCUCCUGCUCAACAUGGUCAUCGGCACCAUCGCCCUCACCUCCCGCUCCCGCCGCCACCAACUCGACGAAGACCAUCGCUACCAGCAGCACUGCGGCGAUCGGCACCAGCACGCUCCUCCGCCGCCUCCGGCGCCGCUCGCGCGCACCUCGUCGGUCAUGGAGCGGCUGCGCUCCCUGGGCCUCUACCGCUUCCGCUCCGGCGACUUCCCGCCCGAGUACAACCACCACCUCUCCGCGGGGGCAGACGACGACAGCACCAGCGGUGGCGCGCGAGAGGCGCAGGCCCAGUACGCCAGGAGCCGGUCCGAGCCGGCCGCGAGGCUGCCGGCGGCGGCUCGCAGGGCCACAAAUAAUAAGAACUUGGAGGCCGAGGCGGUGGUGGUCGGGGCGGCGAAGACGAAGUCGAGCUCGGAGGUGAGGAAGCUGGAGCGCGCUCCGGCGCAGGCGCAGACCCAGGUGCGCCGCGCUCCGAGGGCCCCGGCGCGGCGAGCCCAGCUGGUGGUGAGGGAGGAGGAGGACGCCGCCGCGGCGGUGAGCGUGGACGCGCGCGCCGAGGACUUCAUCAACAAGUUCCGGCAGCAGCUGCAGCUGCAGCGGCUCAACUCGCUGCUCAACUACAGGGAGAUGCUCAACCGCGGCUUGUAGGUCGCGCAGCUACAAGCUACGGAGCAGCGUUCAUUUGCUUCCGAGUGCGCGUGGUGUAAUGCAAUUUGCAAUACAGUAUAAUGUACGGCCGAUUUUUUUUUGGCAAGCACAACAGCCGAUGUUCUCAUCGUA